UCUACAGAGAGAGAAAAAGAGUAUUUGAGAAGCUCAUUUCUUCUCUGAUUUUGAUGAGAGAGAGAGAGAGAGAGCAGUACUGUACAAGUUUCACACAACCAUAGAGAGGGAGAGUGGGGAGUUGAGAAAACACUUUCUGGAUUUUUGAGGGUCUUUCUCCUCUCGAAACAUCAUCGGUGUGAAGUUUUUUGAGAACUUUGUGGGUCCUUUAUCUGUUUGAUCAUCUAUCUGGUUUUUCUUUACUCUAUUUUGAUCUGUGGUCUUUCUGUUCAUAAUCUGAUGCUACUGUUUAUGCAUAAUGCACAUUGCCGGAACUGGAUAUCAUUCAAAUUCUUGAGGGUGUGCGAACAUGCUGAGGAAGAGAACCAGAUCACACCAGAAAGAUCAACAAAACAUGGGUCAGACACAUCAUCUGAUUCCCGAUUCUUAUUCUAACGAGUCUUGCUAUACAAAUUCCGAUGCUUUCUUGAAACAAAAACACAAAACCAAUUCCUUUUUCACUGUUCCCGGUUUAUUCGUAGGACUAAACCCUAAAAACUCAGAAUCUGAUUCAGUUAGAAGCCCCACUUCCCCUUUGGAUUUCAAAGUAUUUUCAAAACCAAAUUUUGGGAAUUUUCCAAUCAGGGCAUCCCCAAAACCAAAUGAAACAACUCAGAAGAGUUGGAAUUGUAACAAAGUAGGUUUAAGCAUUAUAGAAUCUCUUGAAGAUGAGACAAAACCCUCAUCUGGGAAAAUACUCCGAUCAUCAGCCAGUAAGAGCAUUCUUUUUGCACCUCAAAUGAGAAUCUUCAACAACCCGAGUUUGAAAACCGACCCGUUUGACUCGUUAUCCAACUCACUCCCUAAAAAUUAUGCCAUUUUCCCUUCCACCCACAUCAAAACCUCAAAUUCUAAACUGAUUUCAGAAGAAUCAUCUUCCAAGUUUUGGUCACAUUCUUUGGAUUCUUCCAAUCUCGGGUCGAAUUUAACGACCCACCCGCCCAACUCAAAUACCCGUUUGUCAAACACACAAAACCCCGGAAAAGAUUUAGUGGGAUCACUUUCAGCAAGUGAGAUUGAGCUCUCAGAGGAUUAUACAUGUGUUAGAAAACAUGGACCUAACCCUAAAACAACUCAUAUUUUUGGUGACUGUAUUUUAGAACGUCACGAAGACGAAUUUAUCCCUAAAUCUUCUGAAGAAUCUGAUUCUAAACCUUCUCAAGUCAUGACUUCUUAUCUCUCUGAUGAUUUCUUGAGCUUUUGUUACUCUUGCAAGAAGAAGUUGGAAGGGGAAGAUAUCUACAUGUACAGAGGUGAGAAAGCAUUUUGCAGUUGGAAUUGCAGAUCAGAGGAGAUUUUGAUUGAGGAAGAGAUGGAGAAGAAGAACAAUGGUGAAGCGAGUUCAUCUUUGCAAAGUGAGAUUAUGCAGAAAGAGGACAAUUGUGAGGAAAUUUUCGAGACCUCCAUGUUCAUUGCUGCAUAAUAAUAAUAAUAAUGGGGAAAAAAGAAGCUGGUAUUUUUGCAUUUUUGUUAAUCGUCCAAUUUACCACUAUGCCCAUGAACAAUGAAACUUAAUUCUAUGAAGCGAAACCACACAACUAUUGAUUACCCGUUCGAUAAGAGCUGUAUGUCUUUGUUUUUUCUUUAAUGGCAGCCAUGGAUGAUCUUGUUUUAAAAAGUGUGUGGUUUUUCUUUAUAUGUGUUUCAUGGAUCAUGGUUUUAGUGGGUGAUUGGGAUGCUACACCAGCUAGUUUUGUGUCUUUAUUUCCUGUGUACUAUUUUGACAUUGAUGAUAUCUCUAAGGCUUCUUUUACUUGAGUCUUGGUAUGAGAAUGAAAUGGGUUGUAGUUGUAGUAUCUCCCUACCCCUACCCCACCCCACCCCCACCCCCACCUUUCUUGGACUCAUUGUAAGGAGUUGAUGUAUAAGCCUCCAAGAUCAAGUCUUUGAAUGAAUAUAAACGACCUUUUUACA